GGUCUUUAUGUCUUUGUGGUAUAUUUUAUCCUGCACAACCAACUUUGCUGUCCUGUGAAAGCAAGUUAUUCUGUAGACAUGAAUGGGCAUACAACACCGGGAUCAGCUUUUUUCACACAUGGCAGUGGUCUGCCAGCUGCGGGUGGAGAGAUCAGCAAGUCCACUCAGAACCUCAUCAGUGCUAUGGAAGAGGUGCCUGCAGACUGGGAGAGGGCAUCCUUGCAGCCUGCUGGUCAGGCUAGUGCUGCCUUUAAGCAAAGUCCACAAAAUGGCAAUGUUUUCCAGUCUUCUGGAGGAUUUAGUGCCAGCUCAUUGGUUGCUGAUGAGGAAUCACAGGAGUUUGAUGAUCUAAUAUUUGCUUUAAAGACUGGUGCAGGUCUGAGCAUCAGCGACAAUGAAUCUUGUCAUGGCAGCCAGGAUGGCGGCAGCAUGGCUAACUCCCAGAUUGUAGAGCUUAGAAGAAUACCCAUAGCAGACACCCACCUCUAACUCCAUGUCUUGCUUGGGAUUUUUUGUCUUUUUUUUUUUUUUUUUUUAAUUCAAGCCUCAGUAUUUUUAUAUUUGUACUUCCUUUUGCACUAAAACACUAUAUAUGAAACUGCGUAGUAGAAUGCUGUGAGCUUUACUGAGCAUUUAACAAGGAAUGUUUGCGUGAGGUUUUGUGUAUCAGAAAAUAAACUGUAAAUUUUUUACAGUGGCUGA